AUGGGUCUCAAAGCUAUCUACCCUGAAUGGUUUCUACCUUCAACUGUUAUCUUGAAAAAGCGAAAGCUUGAUUGGGAUGAUGAGUUCGAAACAGAAAAGCGUAUAUAUCACCAUUUGAAGCCUCUUCAAGGAACCUUUAUCCCGAAGUUCUAUGGAGAGGCAAUCUAUGACGGAUCUCCUGCUUUGGUUCUCUCAAAGAUCUGUGGGCAAAGACUUCACGAUAUCGAUUUUGAUACACGACCGGAAGCUGACGAUCCUAUUUUCGAGGCGAAAGUAGAAGAAGCUUUCAAGGCAUUAACCGAGUAUGGAGUAAUUCACGGAGACUCUGAACUGCAUAAUAUCUUCGAAGUUGAAGAUCGAGUAAUGAUCAUUGAUUUUGAACAGGCUGAAUUGGGAAGCAAGAUAUGGGAAGGGAGUACUAAUAAAGGUAAUGUAGGAUAUCUUAUGCGAGAAUUCCAGCGAGCUCGUGGAGGAACCGAGUUCAUUUUGGCAGAAUGCGAGUGUGUAAUGAAGGAAUCAAUUGAACAGGCUAAAUGCAAAAGCCAAGAUGAUUUAUAUGUGGAGAUUUGUGCAGAUUAG